ACUCGACCCUAUUCCUUGCCACACCGAAAAAACCUGUCUCUCUCUCUCUUUAUAGUUCCUCACUCUUUGUAUCGCCUCCUCCACUCGCUCCCGCCCGAGCCAUGGCCCUCACGCGCGCCAUGCUCUUCCUAACUCUCUCCCUCACCACUCUCGCCGCACUCUCCUCCGCCCAAGCCCCCGCCUCCGCCCCCACCUCCGCCCCGCCUUCCUCUAUUUCCACCCCUCCAACGGCAAGCCCACCAACGAAAACACCAAGCCCACCAACGAUGACGCCACCAACCGCUACACCAAGCCCACCAACGGCAGCACCAAACCCACCAAUGGCAGCACCAAGCCCACCAACGGCAGCGCCAAGCCCACCAACGGCAGCACCAAGCCCAUCAACGGCAGAACCAAGCCCGCCAGCCCCCACGGCAAGCCCACCGACAGAAGCCACCCCACCGACAGCAGCCAACCCACCAUCGCCCACGGCCACCCCACCGAUGACGGCAAGCCCACCAAGCAUGGCAAGCCCACCGGCAGCCGAGCCAACUCCGGCGAGCGGGCCCGGCCCAGGAGGUCCCGAAGGCCGAUCAGCAGGGUCCCCGUCAGUACCGGCUCCUGCGGGAGGCGCCAAGCCGCCGGCCACGACUCCGGUGGGGUCAACGCCGGACAACGGAAGCAUGAACGUUAAGGGAAGUAAGAUGGUUUUGGUGGCGUUUUUGGGAGGAGUUGCACUCCUCCUCUAAAUUUGAUAUGAAUGUAGAUUUUUCAGAUAUUUAUUUGUGUACGUAUUCUUUGCUUUUGAGAUAUGUUUUUUUUUUUAAAAUUUAUUUUCUUGUUCUGUUUUGUAUGUUUUUUUUUUUUUUCCUUUUUUUAUUGGGACAUUUUUAUGAAUUCUUGGGAGUCUCCGUAUUGUGAGUUGCAAGGGUUAGUCGUGAUGUUUUGUAGCAUUUUGACUUAGCAGAAUAAGUGAGACUUGAUUCUUGUUUGUGUUUCA